CUCCUCACCACGGCGCAUGAAUAAGACGUUCCGGUGUCCAGAGCACUAUUGUCCUUACCCUUUGGCGCUUCGCUAAGCUGGAGCCCUGUGGCUGCUGGGCGAUUGCCUUCCGCACCUUGUCCCUCCUCCUGAUGCUUCGCUUGCCACAGCGACUUCAUUGAACGCGCUGUGCCAGCAAUGGCCGACGUCCUUGCCCGACGCUCGUCCCGCGCCAAACCCCCAUCAUCGGCAAUCCCAUACCAAUCGUCAGCGACAUCGAGCAACUCGAGUCGCACGGAGCGCAGCACCCGCGCGUUCGCCAAGAACGGUUCACCACAGAAGUCUACCGAGAGCGCCUCGCUCAGUUCCGAACCGCCCGAAGACAUCACCCACGAAGAAUUCUCCUCUCGCAGAAGGAGCACACGCGCUCGUGACGAAGAACGUGACCGCCAUCCUAAGAUCGAGCUCCUCGACAUGGCCCCAGCCAGCGAUGACCAGCAAGAGGACGACGAGGCCGUCCGCUGUGUCUGCAACCACGAGGACUACCCCGGUCCGCCACCCUUCGAACCCGAGUCCAAGCAUGGCCUGAAAGAUGCAGUCGACUUCGAGCGCAUCUUUGGCGUGGAGAUCACGGACGAGAUGGCCGGCAAUUUCGUCCAAUGCGAGACGUGCAACUCGUGGCAGCAUAGCGCUUGCGUCGGUUUCACCACAGAAGAGUCGCAGCCCGACGACAUAGAAUACUUUUGCGAACAAUGCCGCAAGGACCUUCACAGAAUAUUCACAUCAAGUACAGGUCAAAAAUACUCAAUCUUCCUCCCCGUUCACCGUUUGUCGCGAGCCGCUUCCCGGGCAACCUCCACAGCCAAGGAGACCGCAGGGUCCCACUCGCCGAAAGAAACAAGCACCAGAAACUCCAGAUCGGCGGCUGCCGCUGCUGCCGCGCUCAAUGGGAAGCGACGGUCGACUAUGAACAGCCGCGAUGCAGCGUACGACGAAGAGGAACAACUUCGGCGUGCUAUCGAAGCGAGCAAGGAAGAAACCGCAGACGAGGAUUCUGAAUUGACUGCGGCGUCAAGGCGACCGAAGCGCACAAGGGAUGAUAGCGAAGAGAAAGCCGAGAAUGUGAAGAGACAGCGGACCGAUUCCAGAUCUGCCUCGCCGGUGGCGGAAGAGGCACUCAAGGUCGACCAAGACGAGUCUGAUGACGAUAUUAUGCCUGGCGGUCACAAGAAGUCUCGGAAUGCUCUGAGAACUCAGCGCGAGCGCGCAGAGAGAGACGAGCGGCGUGAAGAGCAGGAACGCAAGCGUGCCGAAGCGGCCAGCAAGCGUAAUGGCCGUGCGACACGGAGGCGCGGCGAUGAGGAUGAUCCUUCAGAUGAAGCUCCUCCUACCACUCGAGCUGGACACAGUCGGUCCACAGACUCGGCUCCGCCCGCAGACCCGCCACCAUCCUCGGCACCUCCCCCCGAUUCUCCUCCAGCGACAGAACCUCCAGCAAGCUCACACAAGAAGAAGAGUGCGGCUCAUUCGAAGAAGAAGGGACGGAACCAAUACACGAAAGACCGAGACCAAGAGCACGAGGAAUCUCCUGCGAGAUCUUUGCCCCGGGACGCCAGCCGUAAUGGCGACGAAAGCACGUCACACAGCAAGCCGUCCGGAACCGAACCGCCCAGCAAGCAGGUCGCCAGGUCGAAAGGGGUUAUGAGUUCUCGAGUUACCAUGAGUGACAUGAAACGGCGUGUCAACAACAUACUCGAAUACAUGUCGCGGACCCAAGUCGAUCUCGUCAACGAGCCACUAAACGACUCGAACAAGACGACACCCAACAACGAGCUUACCAAUGGCAAGACCGAUGCGAACCUCAAUGGCGACAGUGGCGGAGCCAGCCCGAAGAAGAAAGAUGCGGCAACGCUCUCCGAAGCCACAUUUAAGGAUCUGACUUGUGUAGAGAUGAUGGACGCGUUGACGCGAGACCUAGUGAAGUGGCAGCAGGAGUACGCACCAUGAGAUGCUGCAGGUUCUGUCCCUUAGCGAGGUUUCGCCCGCGUGGCCUUGGCUUAAGUGCCUCAUCCCCUCUUUUGUAUUUCUCCUUGGUUCUCUUGAUCCUUCAUCACCACGUAUACCCAUGGCAACAGGCGUUCUGUUUUGUGUUCCGUUUAUUCUUCCACCUUCACCGUGGCGUUUCACGAGCCGCAUCAUAUUUGCCCUUCUUGGUCGUUGAGAAAUGUUUCUUGUCUCUUUCAUGUCUGGAGUCUAGUUCAGGAGAGAGAUGAGAGAUUCAAAAAAGGAAAAAUGACGGAAGUUGAUCACGCAUAUGAUGUCUGAGAAAAGUAUUCGUUUGGCGAAUCCACCAUUGUAAUGUUUUGGUUUAAAUAUGGGCCCUU